AUGGGCACGGGGACUGAGACCGGCCCGCUGGACCUAGGCCACUUCGUCCCAGAUCUGCGCCGGCUUGACUUCCCCAUCAACCGCGGCGAAAUCGAGCCUUUCCUACGGAGCAUGCCCAUGUUCCCCACAGCCUCUAUCUCUUUCCGGUGGGGGGACACGCAGGCCUCUGAAUACGGCGGCGUCCUGGGCGGAGGGGCCCCCGUGCUCGCCGCCGCGGGAGAACCUGUCACCGCCAAAGCUGAUGUCAGCGCGAUUUUCCGGUCCUCUGUCUUUAACUACGAGGCUUACGAGAGGCUUGAUACCUACGUGGUGUAG